AUGUUCUCUCACUGCAUUGUUGUCCUGCUGGCAGCUACCACAGCAGUAGCCAAAACACCAGAUGGAUUCAGCCCACCCUCUGAUAAAGACCUCGUGGUCGAGUACAACGGCGUUACGCCACUCAACGGCGUGUCCGUGAGCAAGCGUGUAACCGCCACCCAACCACGCAUCGGCACCCUCGAACCCCUCAACGGCACCUCCUACGCCGUGAUCAUGAUCGACCUCGACAUCCCCACUAACAACCCCCCCGAAACCAGCACCCUCCUGCACUGGCUGCAAACCGACCUCGUCCCGGCCCCGGCCGCGACCCUCCUCAACACCACCUCGGGCACCGCCAUCCGCGCAUUCCUCCUCCAAAACCGCACCGACGCCAACACCGGCGCCGAAACCGCCCGCGCCGUGCUGGCACCCUAUAUUGGGCCCAGCCCGCCGGCGCGGGUGCCGUUGAGUCAUAGGUACACGCAGAUUCUUGUUGAUACGAGUGACCUUACGGCGGGGGGGAGUGAGGCGCUGCGUGCGGCUGUCACCGGUACGGCGCAGCGUCGCGGGUUCGACGCGCCGGCGGUGUUGAAGGCGGCCGGGCUGGAGAACAAGGUGGUCGCGGGCAACUCGUUUAAUGUGACGAAUGCGGGGCCGGCGUCGGGAGCUGGAGGAGCGAACAGGACAGCGCCGGGUGGCACGAACGGGGCGGGCCCCACGCAGGUGGUGGUCCCUGGGGCUGGGUCCCGGGUGUGGCCGGGGAGUGUGGUGAUGGCUGGGUUGGUGGGAGUUGGGAUGGUGGCGUUGGGGUUGUGA